AUGCGUACCAAGGGAUUUGAAAAGCCUUUCUCUAGUGACCAAGUGACAAGCUGGAUCAUUCAGCUAGUCCUGAUCGGAAGCUUCAUUACCUUCGUGUCUACACUCCUUCGCUGGGACAAGUGCCUUGCAAUUCUCGUCCCAAAUGUUGUUUUGGUCAUCUUCGUCAUAACAUCGUGGGGCAUUUGCGAGUUGCGGGACCCAUCGAAGCCUUCACGGUAUUGUGGAUUGUGCUUCAAGAACAGCCCUGGACUCGAUCAUCAUUGCACGUGGUUGAAUACCUGCAUUGCUGAAAGUAACUACGAGUCAUUUUACUGUCUUGUGGUUUCAGCAACAUGCCAGACUUUGCUGCAGACCGUCAUAGGUAUUCUCAUGUGCACGUUAUGGCAGUCGGAAGUGAAGACCAACGCUGCUGAAGGCUGGGACAAAGCAUUGAUUACGCUGAUUUGGAUUCAUAACGCAGCUUGUAUGUCGCUGACGAGUUCGUUUCUUCUUCUCGCUGGUUUCCACACGUAUCUGUUGUGCAUUGGAAUGGGUACGUACGACUUCAUCUUAGAAAAUGGCUCCGAUGGUUUGUGUACCCGCAUGUUAAAAUGCAAUUGCCUUCGACGUAAGAAGACAUGGAACGGAAAGCGCAGUCACGUGCAACACGGCGACGUUAACGACCCGGGGGCGAAGGGAGUUGGAACGCGGACAAGAAGAGGUUCCCCUCCAGCUUCAAUCAUGCCCGCGAAUUUGUCAGCGCUGUCGUCAAUAACCUCACAGACUUCACUCGAUCGCGCAGCGGCGGCAGCAGCUCUCGAGCUGACGGCAGCAAUGCAGCCAGACAUGAUACUCAGCGCGCGCGUCAACGUGAGCGAAGGAAUCUUCGAGAACUUUGAUUUAAGUAGUCCACUGAAGCCGAAAAAGAUGAUGUCUGGGGCGGUGGUAGCCCCAGCAGCCCCGACAACCACGUCGUAG